AUGGUGGAGGCCAAGGGGGCUUCCAGGAAGGGUGGCUUCGUAACUGUCAGCAUCCUCUCUCCCUUCAGGAUCCCUCUUAACCGAGUUCACCCUGGAUACAGAACCCUGAACCCACUGAGGGGAUGGGGAGAGCCAGCAGAGCCCUCUAGGUUGGGGACUCCGUCCACUGGGGACAAGCCCAUCUUUGUGCCUCUCUCCAAGUUCUUGAAUGUCCAGUAUUUUGGGAAAAUUGGCCUGGGAACGCCUCCACAAAACUUCUCUGUCGUCUUUGACACUGGCUCCUCCAAUCUUUGGGUUCCAUCCAAGCGAUGUCACUUCCUCAGUCUGCCUUGCUGGUUCCAUCACCGUUUUGAUCCCAAGGCUUCCAGCUCCUUCCGGCCCAAUGGGACCAAGUUUGCCAUUCAGUAUGGAACCGGGCGGCUCAGUGGAAUCCUGAGCGAGGACAAGUUGACUGUACGUGAUCACAAGAAGAUUGGGGAAAUCAAAGGUGCACCAGUUAUUUUUGGGGAGGCUCUGUGGGAGCCCAGCCUGGUCUUCACUUUUGCCCAUUUCGAUGGGAUACUGGGCCUCGGCUUUCCCAGUCUGGCUGUGGGAGGAGUUCAGCCCCCGCUGGAUGCACUGGUGGCGCAGGGACUACUGGAUAAGCCUGUCUUCUCCUUUUACCUCAACAGGGACUCUGAAGGGGCUGAUGGAGGAGAGCUGGUCCUGGGGGGCUCAGACCCCACUCACUACAUCCCACCCCUCACCUUCGUGCCAGUCACAGUCCCUGCCUUCUGGCAGAUCCACAUGGAGGGUGUGAAGGUGGGCACAGGGCUGACUGUCUGUGCCCAGGGCUGUGCUGCCAUCCUAGACACAGGCACAUCCCUCAUCACAGGACCCUCUGAGGAGAUCCAGGCCCUGAAUGUAGCCAUUGGGGGAUUUCCCUUGCUGGCUGGGCAGUACCUCAUUCAGUGCUCGAAAAUCCCAUCGCUCCCCGCAGUGUCCUUCCUCCUUGGGGGGGUUUGGUUUAACCUCACGGCCCAGGACUACGUCAUUCAGAUUGCUCAGGGUGGCAUCCGCCUGUGUAUGUCCGGCUUCCAGGGCUUGGACAUGCCUCCGCCUGCAGGACCCCUGUGGAUCCUCGGCGACGUCUUCUUGGGGACCUACGUGUCUGUCUUUGACCGCGGGCACGUGAACGGCAGCGCCCGGGUGGGCCUGGCGCGCGCUCGUUCCCGCGAAACUGGCGGCAAGGGGAUGAACCCGCGCAGGCGCGGUUCUGCGGCUGACACCCUUGCUAGGCGCAUGCGUGCCGACAGGUAGCGGAGGUCCCGCAUCCUUGUAAAAAUCUAGCAUUUCCUUUUAAACAA